CUUUAUUACACACGACAAAAAAAAUACUUGUUUAAAAUGAAAAAUCUUGUGACAACUUAGAACCUGUUAGAAAUGAUUUUUGUGGAUGGCGUGGAACUAAUUCGUCAAGCAAUCGAAUUGGCUGAUCAUUCGUCGGAACCUCUGUGUUUUGACGACAAUGACAUUCUUAAAGAGUAUGAAUGGCUUUUUGGAGAGCAAACUAGUUCAUUAAAGGUUCCUCUACUACGAGUGGUACAUGCAUCUUUAUCGACGGACAAUUACACCAAUCAAAUUAAUUUUUUUUUCAAACCUUUUAAUUUAAAAGUUAGUUCAACAGAAUUAUGUAAUUGGAAGGACAGGAGAAAUGAACUUAUUCCUAUUGGAGACUUAAUAUUAUUUGCAUUUCAACUUCAAACAAAAGUCUUAACAAGCCGUGACAUCACCCAAUUAGGUCAUUUACCUAUUUCUCCUCUUGAACGAAAAAAAUUAACUUCGGUGAUCACUCGUAAAACAGCUGUUAACUCUUUUCAAACAGUACAAACUUCUUAUGACCCUAUGCUAAAGCUAACGCCAGUGUCUUUGAUAGAUGAAUCACUCCCUAUUAAAAUUGAAACUUUAGAAUUGUUUAAUGCCAUGUUCCCAGGAGUCACUUUAGAAAAAAUAUCUUUUCCAAUUUGUAUCAAAAAUGUAACCUAUGGUCCUACCAUAACCUUGCCUUCCUCGUGCACAACGCAAGAUCAAGAAAUUAGCCAAGUGGUAUUGAAUCAGGAAAACAAACAGAUACCUAGCUUUCGUUCAAAAAUUAUAGAACGCUACCAGCUUCCUUCCUAUAGCACGUAUUGCCCGCUAAUCAAUACAAUUCAGCUUUUUCACUCUUCCACUUUGCUACGUGUAGAAGAUAAUCAUUUUGGUGAAACCAUAACACAGAUCUUCAAAAAAAAUGGACGCCGUAUUAUUAGUCCUGAAAUCCCUUGUUCAAAUUCGAAUACAAACGAAAAACGCAAAGAAACCACGCAAACAUUUCAAUUAAGAAAACCUACGACAGCAGUGAACAUCCUCAAGCUGUCUCUCUAUGAGUAUUUACGAAAGGAAAAAAUGAAAGCCAUUAUUAUUGUCCCUACUUUUUUAGCUCAAACCAUGUCUUUCCCUAUUCUCAAUUUUCAUAAUUGCAAACACUUUCUAGAACAUAAGGAAAUUUUACCUUGUACUAAGAUGCAGUACGAUCCAAAUCAGUCUUUAGCUAGCUUUUCAUGGAAAGCAAAUUUACCCUGGAUAAGCCGAACAGGGUUACGAAUUUUCAUUACGCAUGAUUUCAAAUUUGUCGACAGUUCUCAGGUUGCUAAAUUUUCCAUUAAAGAUUGGUAUAGAACUUUAGCAGUUGUCGUGCAAGGACCCGAAUGGCAAUUCUCUACUUGGCCUUUCGACUCUUUAACCAGUUUAUUUUCAUAUAUAAAACCACUGUACUUUGCUUAUGAAUCGGAUACGCUACCUACUUUGGUACAGCAGCAUCACAUUCACACUCUUCGUAUCAAACGAACUUCUCGCCAUGGAGAUACUAUUGCUUGGAAUCAAUUUUUUCAAUGUCUUGAUGAUAAACUGCGACAAGUGCGGGAUUUUAAUUUGUUAUCCAAAUCCAAAUUACAAAACAAAAACUAUUAAAUGACUUUCACGUUUUAAAUCAAUUCAAAAUAAGCUAAAUUCAAACAUCGCUUGUGUGAUACCUCUCAAUGUGAUAUGACAAAACUCUUACCUAAUUUUUAUUGAAAUAAAACAAAAAAUAAU